UACUGUUCAAAAAUGCAGCGUGGUCUUCCCAUGCAACCGACUGUCGUUCUUCUUCGCGAGGGUACAGAUACAUCGCAAGGAAAUCCUCAGCUGUUAUCCAAUAUUUCUGCAUGCCUGGCCGUCGCGGAAACACUGUCCAGUACUCUCGGUCCUCGGGGAAUGGACAAACUCAUUGUUUCAGAGCGUGGUGAGGCUCAGAUAACGAACGACGGUGCUACCAUCCUCAAACUCUUGGAAAUUGUACACCCUGCCGCUCGAACUCUGGUCGACAUCGCUCGCGCCCAGGACGCUGAAGUAGGGGAUGGAACAACAAGUGUGGUGCUACUGGCAGCUCAAUUGUUGAAGGAAGUCAGAGCUUAUAUCGAAGAAGGCGUCAGUCCGCAUAUAAUCUUGAAAGGCUUCAGGAAAGCUUCCCAGAUCGCUAUUGAACGGAUCAAAUCGAUACAAGUCACAGUGGAUAGAGCUGAUCCAGAGCGCUUCCGGUCUCUACUUCUAAAAUGUGCAUCAACUUCCAUGUCUUCAAAACUAAUUCAUUCCGAAAAGCCCUUUUUCUCCAAUAUGGUUGUCGACGCCGUCCAGUGUCUCGAUCAGGACGAGUUGGAUGAGUCUCUUAUUGGAGUAAAAAAGAUCGCAGGUGGCGGCAUGCAGGAUUCUCUUCUCAUCAAAGGUGUUUCAUUCAAGAAAACAUUCACGUAUGCUGGCGCGGAGCAACAGCCCAAAUCUUUUCGUAAUCCUCUUAUUUUAUGUCUCAACGUCGAGUUGGAGCUCAAGGCCGAGAAGGACAACGCCGAAGUGCGAGUGGAAGCUGUUUCUGACUACCAGGCCAUCGUAGACGCUGAGUGGGAGAUUAUUUACCGAAAGUUGGAGGCCAUCGAGAAGACAGGCGCCAAGGUUGUUCUUAGCAAACUUCCCAUCGGUGAUCUGGCGACUCAGUAUUUUGCGGAUCGAGAUAUAUUUUGCGCUGGACGUGUUGCGGCAGGCGAUCUUCGCCGAGUAGUGCAGGCCGUGGGCGGUUCCAUCCAGUCAACCUGCUCUGACAUCACACGAGAGCACCUUGGUACAUGCGGGCGAUUUGAAGAGAGGCAGAUAGGCGGUGAAAGGUAUAACGUGUUUGAAGACUGCCCUAAGGCAAAAACUUGCACUCUUCUUCUUCGUGGUGGCGCCGAGCAGUUCAUUGAGGAAGUAGAGAGAAGUCUGCAUGACGCAAUCAUGGUAGUAAAACGUGCCGUUCGGAAUGGGGAUGUCGUAGCAGGAGGAGGAGCAAUCGAGAUGGACUUGUCGGCCCAUAUCCGAAAACACGCGCUCUCCAUCCCCGGCAAACAGCAGCUGAUAAUGACCGCAUUCGCCAAGGCGUUAGAGAUUAUUCCGCGGCAAAUUUGCGACAACGCGGGUCUCGAUUCCACCGACGUUUUAAACAAAUUGCGGAUGAAACAUGCGAAUGGUGACAAAUGGGUCGGCGUUGACGUCGACGGAGUCACUGGCGUUCGGGACAACAUGGAUGCAUUUGUCUGGGAACCCAGUCUGGUCAAGCUUAACGCGAUCAGCAGCGCUACUGAGGCGGCCUGUUUAAUACUAAGUGUCGAUGAGACCGUAAGGAAUCCACAAAGCGAACAGCAAAACACGGGCCCGAAAGCGCCGCCGGCUACCGCACAAAGAGCGCUGAGGGGCAGGGGGAGAGGUAUGCUUCGUCGGUAACGUUUAGUUCCAGGUGACGCGGUCUGCUCAUCUUUUUGCUGUAAAUCCGUAAAAUAUAUUCUAUAGAACACUUUAUCCUGAC